AUGGGUAGUGCAGAAGAACCACAGAUAUGUAACAUCCACCUGUUCAGUUGCAGCUUCGUGACCAUUCCCAACAGCACAUACAUAAUUCCAUCUUACAUUUUUGACCCUGCAAGGGACAAACAAUAUGUGGGAGAAAGUAAUUGUAGGCCACUUGGAUUCUUGAUAGGGCUACCCUUUGCUCUUGUUUCCUUGGUGUUAUCUGUGGUGGGCGCUGUUAUUUGGAUCAUUGGGUCUAUGUUGAGCUGCCUGUGCCCUUGUUGCAUUUGUUUCUCAGGACUUGCCAACUGCGCCGUUGGCCUUGUCAAACUUCCAAUAAAAGUGAUUCGAUGGUUUACUCAUCAGAUACCUUGCUGAUCAUAUAUCAUAUAUUAUCCAUGUUCAAUA